GCUAUUUGCUCGUUUGAAAAGCUACAAAACUUUACCCAGAAGCGGACAUUCCAGCGGGUCAGUGUCUAAAAUAUUGGAUGAUCUCACCCAUGAGAUAGAUUUGACAUGGCUGUUCUUUUGUUCUUGGAUGAAUACAUAUUCCACUCAUCCACCCCCAGAUCCAGGCACUUUCUUUCAUCUUUUUGAUUAUUAUCGUUGUUGCUUCCUCCUCUCUCUGACACUCCCUGUUUUUCUUAUUCUCAUCAUCUUCUACCCACUUCUUGAUGAUUAUAUCUUUGAACUUGUAAUACGAUUUUCUGUAAACAAAAAGAGUGUAAAAAUCUCUAGAAAGUCAACGAAGAUGGAGGGCAAACUCUUCCUCUCAAUCGCUGUCAUGCUCUGCUUUUGCCUUGGCUCGUUUGCCGAUUCAAACACUGUUCCGGCGUCUCCGGUUCAAUCGCAAUCGCAGCUGUGUAAGCUUGACUUGUCGGAGGAGCUUUUCAGCGGCGUGAAAGCCGCCUGCCGGGAGGAUCUCGACCGGAGACGGUGCUGCCCGGUAUUGUCAGCGUGGUUCUACGCGGCUUACGCGCACUCGGCGCUCCGGGUCAUCCCCGCGCCGGCGCCGUCUGCGAUAUCGAGUAUCCAGCCGUCGGAGCCGCUCGACAACCAGAAGUGCGCCGACUCGCUCCAGGACUCGCUCCAGCGCCGCAGCGUUUAUGUUGGCCGGAUUAACGAAACGUGCGACACCGUUUUGUGCUUCUGCGGCAUCCGCCUCCACCAGAUCAGCUCCCUCGAGUGCCCCGCCGCGUUCAACAUCUCCGCCGCCGGCGAAGUCAAACCCACCGCCGCGGUUAGGGAUCUCGAACACAAAUGCCGCGCCUCCUCGUAUUCCGGCUGUACACAGUGUCUCGGAGCUCUCCAGAAGCUUAAAGGCGGGGAUAAAAACGGGACACAAAAAGCUCGAAACGGCGAAAACGGCCGUUUAUCCAAGAUGUUAAAUCAGGACUGCCAGCUGAUAGGGUUGACGUGGUUGCUGGCGCGAAACAAGACGGCGUACAUCCCGACGGUUUCGGCGGUGUUGCGGGCGUUGAUGUACAGUGGGCAGCCGUUGACGGAGUCAAAAUGCAGCCCCGACCAGGAGAAUAUGCCGUUGGCCGUCGACUCGUUUCAGUUCCAGAACGGUUCUCCUUCGGCUUCUUCUCUAUCAAUUUAUUAUUCCCUAAUUUUGUCCCUAAUCAUCAUUUGUAUGAUUAACAUCACUACUUUUAGGAUCAACUAUUAGAACACCGGUGUCUGGCUGUCUGCUGCCCAAGCUUUUUUGUGCCUGCUUGUACAUUCAAAAUGUUGUAUCAAAUGAUAUCAAGUUUAGGCAGGAAAGUAUAUUUAUGUGAUUAUAUCGGAAAAUUUCUUAAAUAUAUUACUCCGUAUAUAACACAGAUUUCCUAUCAUAUUUGUAAACAGACUAAAAACUUGAUGAAACUCCAGUUCUGGUAG